AUGCAAAUCACGCACUUCCAUUGCUGUCCCUCAACACCUCGACAACCGUCAGAUUUCAAGUUUCUCCUGCUUAAAUCUUUGUCGCGCCGACCCUUGAUUAGUUCAGCACCCGGUGGAGUCAAGUGUUUUUUUUUUCUUUCAUUCUCUUUCUUCUUACCUUUCCUUUCUUGCUCUUUUUUUUUUCUUAUUUUACUGAGUCUCAUUCUUUUUAAUCACUCACUCGUGUCUUACUUUUCCUCACCAUCUUUUCUAUUUUUUUCCUCACUCUCUUUUCUCUUUCUUUUUGUCUCACUCUCUUGUCUCUUUCUUUUUUCUUCAGUCUCUUGUAUCUUUUUUUUUCUAACUCUCUUUCUUUUCCUCACCCUCUUCUCUCUUUCAUUUCAUCACUCUUUUUUCUCUUUCUCUUCCUCACUCUCUUGUCUCUUUCUUUUUUCCCCACUCUCUUGUCUCUUUCUUUUUUCCCCACUCUCUUGUCUCUUUCUUUUUCCCCCACUCUCUUGUCUCUUUCUUUUUUCCUCACUCUCUUGUCUCUUUCUUUUCCUCACUCUCUUGUCUCUUUCUUUUCAUCACUCUUUUUUCUUUUCUCUUUCCUCCUCUUUGUCUCUUUCUUUUUUUUCCUCACUAUCUUGUCUCUUUCUUUUUUCCUCACUCUCUUGUCUCUUUGUUUUUUCCCCACACUCUUGUCUCUUUCUUUUUUCCCCACUCUCUUGUCUCUUUCUUUUUUCCUCACUAUCUUGUCUCUUUCUUUUCCUCACUCUCUUGUCUCUUUCUUUUUUCCCCACACUCUUGUCUCUUUCUUUUUUUCUUCACCCUCUUGUCUCUUUCUUUUUUCCUCACUCUCUUGUCUCUUUCUUUUUUCCUCACUCUCUUGUCUCUUUCAUUUUUCCUCACUCUCUUGUCUCUUUCAUUUUUCCUCACUAUCUUGUCUCUUUCUUUUUUCCUCACUCUCUUGUCUCUUUCUUUUCCUCACUCUCUUGUCUCUUUCUUUUUUCCCCACUCUCUUGUCUCUUUCUUUUUUCCUCACUAUCUUGUCUCUUUCUUUUUGUCACUCUCUUGUCUCUUUCUUUUUUCCCCACACUCUUGUCUCUUUCUUUUUUCCUCACCCUCUUGUCUCUUUCUUUUUUCCUCACUCUCUUGUCUCUUUCUUUUUUCCUCACUAUCUUGUCUCUUUCUUUUUUCCUCACUCUCUUGUCUCUUUCUUUUCCUCACCCUCUUCUCUCUUUCUUUUCAUCACUCUUUUUUCUCUUUCUCUUCCUCACUCUCUUGUCUCUUUCUUUUUUCCCCACUCUCUUGUCUCUUUCUUUUUUCCUUUUCUCUUGUCUCUUUCUUUUUUUUCCCUCUCUUGUCUCUUUUCUUUUUUUCCUCACUCUCUUGUCUCUUUCUUUUCCUCCUCUCUUGUCUCUUUCUUUUCAUCACUUUUUUCUUUCUCUUCCUCACUCUCUUGUCUCUUUCUUUUUCCCCAUUCUCUUGUCUCUUUCUUUUUCCCCACUCUCUUGUCUCUUUCUUUUUUCCUCACUCUCUUGUCUCUUUCAUUUUUCCUCACUAUCUUGUCUCUUUCUUUUUUCCUCACUCUCUUGUCUCUUUCUUUUCCUCACCCUCUUCUCUCUUUCUUUUCAUCACUCUUUUUUCUCUUUCUCUUCCUCAGUCUCUUGUCUCUUUCUUUUUUCCUCACUCUCUUGUCUCUUUCUUUUUUCCUCACUAUCUUGUCUCUUUCUUUUUUCCUCACUCUCUUGUCUCUUUCUUUUCCUCACUCUCUUGUCUCUUUCUUUUCAUCACUCUUUUUUCUCUUUCUCUUCCUCACUCUCUUGUCUCUUUCUUUUUCCCCACUCUCUUGUCUCUUUCUUUUUUCCCCACUCUCUUGUCUCUUUCUUUUUUCCUCACUCUCUUGUCUCUUUCUUUUUCCCCACUCUCUUGUCUCUUUCUUUUUCCUCACUAUCUUGUCUCUUUCUUUUUUUUCCUCACUCUCUUGUCUCUUUCUUUUUUUCCUUUUUUUUCUCUUUCUCUUCCUCACUCUCUUGUCUCUUUCUUUUUCCCCACUCAUGUCUCUUUCUUUUUUUUUCUUUUCCACUCUCUUGUCUCUUUCUUUUUCCUCACUCUCUUGUCUCUUUCUUUUCCUCACUCUCUUGUCUCUUUCUUUUCAUCUCUCCUUUUUUCUUUCUCUUCCUCCUCUCUUGUCUCUUUUCUUUUUUUCCCCACUCUCUUGUCUCUUUCUUUUUCCCCCUCUCUUGUCUCUUUCUUUUUCCUCCUUUUCUAUCUUGUCUCUUUCUUUUCCUCACUCUCUUGUCUCUUUCUUUUUUCCCCACUCUCUUGUCUCUUUCUUUUUUCCUCGCUAUCUUGUCUCUUUCUUUUUCCUCACUCUCUUGUCUCUUUCUUUUUUCCUCACUCUCUUGUCUCUUUCUUUUUUCCCCACUCUCUUGUCUCUUUUUUUCCUCUCACUCUCUUGUCUCUUUCUUUUCCUCCUCUCUUGUCUCUUUCUUUUUUCCUCCUCUCUUGUCUCUUUCUUUUUCCUCCUCUCUUGUCUCUUUCUUUUUCCUCACUAUCUUGUCUCUUUCUUUUUUUUUUUCCUCUCUUGUCUCUUUCUUUUUUUCCUCUCUCUUGUCUCUUUUUUUUUUUCCUCACUAUCUUGUCUCUUUUCUUUUUUCUCCCACUCUCUUGUCUCUUUUUUUUUCCUCACUCUCUUGUCUCUUUCUUUUUCCUCACUACCUUGUCCCUUUCUUUUUUUUUUUCUCUUGUCUCUUUCUUUUCCUCUCCUCUCUUGUCUCUUUCUUUUUCCCCCACUCUCUUGUCUCUUUCUUUUUUUCCUUCUCUUGUCUCUUUCUUUUCCUCACUCUCUUGUCUCUUUCUUUUUUCCCCCACUCUCUUGUCUCUUUCUUUUUCCUCACUCUCUUUUCUUUUUUUUUCCUCACUAUCUUGUCUCUUUUCUUUUUUUCCUCACUCUCUUGUCUCUUUCUUUUUUUUCCUCACUCAUCUUGUCUCUUUUUUUUCCUCACUCUCUUGUCUCUUUCUUUUUUUUCUCACUCUCUUGUCUCUUUCUUUUUUCCUCAAUCUCUUGUCUCUUUCUUUUUUCCUCACUCUCUUGUCUCUUUCUUUUUUUCCACUCUCUUGUCUCUUUCUUUUUUUUCCUCAUCUCUUGUCUCUUUUUCUUUUUUCCUCCUCUCUCUUGUCUCUUUCUUUUUUCCCCACUCUCUUGUCUCUUUCUUUUUUCCUCGCUAUCUUGUCUCUUUCUUUUUCCUCACUCUCUUGUCUUUUCUUUUUUUCCUCCUCUUGUCUCUUUCUUUUUUUUCCUCCUCUCUUGUCUCUUUCUUUUUUUCCCCACUCUCUUGUCUCUUUUUUCUUUUUCCUCACUCUCUUCUCUUCUCUUUUUUUUUCCCUCUCUUGUCUCUUUCUUUUUCCUCACCCUCUUGUCUCUUUCUUUUUUCCUCACUAUCUUGUCUCUUUCUUUUUUCCUCACUCUCUUGUCUCUUUCUUUUUUCCUCACUCUCUUGUCUCUUUCUUUUUUCCUCACUAUCUUGUCUCUUUCUUUUCCUCUCUCUUGUCUCUUUUCUCUUCCUCACUCUCUUGUCUCUUUCUUUUUCCUCCUCUCUCUUGUCUCUUUCUUUUUUCCUCACUAUCUUGUCUCUUUCUUUUUUCCUCUCUCUUGUCUCUUUCUUUUUUCUCACUCUCUUGUCUUUUUUUUUUCCCCACUCACUUGUCUCUUUCUUUUUCCCCACUCUCUUGUCUCUUUUUUUUCCUCACUCUCUUUCUCUUUCUUUUCCUCUUUCUCUUUUCUCUUUCUUUUCAUCUCUUUUUCUCUUUCUCUUCCUCACUCUCUUGUCUCUUUCUUUUCCUCACUCUCUUGUCUCUUUUUUUUUUCCCCUCUCUCUGUCUCUUUCUUUUUUCCUCUCUCUUGUCUCUUUCUUUUUCCUCUUCUCUUUCUCUUUCUUUUUUUCCCCACUCUCUUGUCUCUUUCUUUUUUCCUCACUCUCUUGUCUCUUUUCUUUUUUUUCCUCACUAUCUUGUCUCUUUCUUUUUUUCCUCACUAUCUUGUCUCUUUCUUUUCCUCCUCUCUUGUCUCUUUUUUUUCCUCCUCUCUCUUGUCUCUUUUCCUCAAUCUCUUGUCUCUUUCUUUUUUUUUUACUCACUCUCUUGUCUCUUUCUUUUUUCUCCCUCUCUUGUCUCUUUCUUUUUUUCCUCAUUCUAUCUUGUCUCUUUCUUUUCCUCACUCUCUUGUCUCUUUCUUUUUUUCCCCACUCUCUUGUCUCUUUUCUUUUUUCUUUCAUCUUGUCUCUUUCUUUGUUUUUCCUCACUCUCUUGUCUCUUUCUUUUUUCCUCACUCUCUUGUCUCUUUCUUUUUUCCUCACUCUCUUGUCUCUUUCUUUUUCCCCACUCUCUUGUCUCUUUCUUUUCCUCACUCUCUUGUCUCUUUCUUUUCCUCACUCUCUUGUCUCUUUCUUUUUUCCUCACUAUCUUGUCUCUUUCUUUUUUCCUCACUCUCUUGUCUCUUUCUUUUUUCCUCACUCUCUUGUCUCUUUCUUUUUUCCCCACUCUCUUGUCUCUUUCUUUUUUCCUCACUCUCUUGUCUCUUUCUUUUCCUCACUCUCUUGUCUCUUUCUUUUCAUCACUCUUUUUUCUCUUUCUCUUCCUCACUCUCUUGUCUCUUUCUUUUUUCCCCACUCUCUUGUCUCUUUUUUUUUUUUUCUCUUGUCUCUUUCUUUUUCCUCUCUAUAUUGUCCUUUCUUUUUCCCCCUCUCUUUGUCUCUUUUUUUUCCCCUCUCUUGUCUCUUUCUUUUUUCCUCACUCUCUUGUCUCUUUCUUUUUUUUUCUCACUCACUUGUCUUUUUUCUUUUUUUUCCCCACUCUCUUGUCUCUUUCUUUUUCCCCACUCUCUUGUCUCUUUCUUUUUUCCUCACUCUCUUGUCUCUUUCUUUUCCUCACUCUCUUGUCUCUUUCUUUUCCUCACUCUCUUGUCUCUUUCUUUCAUCACUCUUUUUUCUCUUUCUCUACCUCACUCUCUUGUCUUUUUUUUUCCCCACUCUCUUGUCUCUUUAUUUUUUCCUCACUCUCUUGUCUCUUUAUUUUUUCCCUCCUCUCUUGUCUCUUUCUUUUUUCCCCACUCUUUGUCUCUUUCUUUUUCCUCACUAUCUUGUCUCUUUCUUUUUUCUUCACUCUCUUGUCUCUUUUUUUUUCCUCACUCUCUUGUCUCUUUCUUUUUUCCCCACUCUCUUGUCUCUUUCUUUUUUCCUCUCUCUUGUCUCUUUCUUUUUCCUCACUAUCUUGUCUCUUUCUUUUUCCUCACUCUCUUGUCUCUUUCUUUUUUUCCUCACUCUCUUUGUCUCUUUUCUUUUCCCCACUCUCUUGUCUCUUUCUUUUUUCCCUCACUCUCUUGUCUCUUUCUUUUUUCCUCACUAUCUUGUCUCUUUCUUUUCCCCACUCUCUUGUCUCUUUCUUUUUUUCCUCACUCUCUUGUCUCUUUCUUUUUUCCUCUUUCUCUUGUCUCUUUCUUUUUCCCUCACUCUAUUGUCUCUUUCUUUUUUUCCCCUCUCUUGUCUCUUUCUUUUUCCUCUCACUAUCUUGUCUCUUUCUUUUUUCCUCACACUCUUGUCUCUUUCUUUUUCCUCACUCUCUUGUCUCUUUCUUUUUUUUCUCACUCUCUUCUCUCUUCUUUUUUCCCCCUCUCUCUUGUCUCUUUCGUUUUUCCUCCUCUCUUGUCUCUCUUUUUUUUUCCUCACUCUCUUGUCUCUUUCUUUUUUCCUCUCUCUCUUGUCUCUUUCUUUUUUUUCCCCUCUCUCUUGUCUCUUUCUUUUUUCAUCACUCUCUUGUCUCUUUCUUUUUUCCCCACUCUCUUGUCUCUUUCUUUUUUCCUCACUAUCUUGUCUCUUUCUUUUCCUCACUCUCUUGCCUCUUUCUUUUUUCCCAACUCUCUUGUCUCUUUCUUUUUUCUUCACACUCUUGUCUCUUUCUUUUUUCCUCACUCUCUUGUCUCUUUCUUUUUUGCCCCACUCUCUUCUCUUUUCUUUCCUCACUAUCUUGUCUCUUUCUUUUCCCUCACCUCUUGUCUCUUUCUUUUUUUUUCCCACUCUCUUGUCUCUUUCUUUUUCCUCACUCUCUUUGUCUCUUUCUUUUUCCUCCUCUCUUGUCUCUUUCUUUUUCCUCACUCUUGUCUCUUUCUUUUUAUCCCCACUCUCUUGUCUCUUUCUUUUUUCCUCACUAUCUUGUCUCUUUCUUUUCCUCACUCUCUUGUCUCUUUCUUUUUUCCUCACUAUCUUGUCUCUUUCUUUUUUCCUCACUCUCUUGUCUCUUUCUUUUUUCCUCACUCUCUUGUCUCUUUCUUUUUUCCUCACUCUCUUGUCUCUUUCUUUUUUCCCCACUCUCUUGUCUCUUUCUUUUUUCCUCACUCUCUUGUCUCUUUCUUUUUUUCCUCACUUGUCUCUUUCUUUUUUUCCUCACUCUCUUGUCUCUUUCUUUUUUCCUCACUCUCUUGUCUCUUUCUUUUUUCCUCACUCUCUUGUCUCUUUCUUUUUUCCUCACUCUCUUGUCUCUUUCUUUUUUCCUCACUAUCUUGUCUCUUUCUUUUCCCCACUCUCUUGUCUCUUUCUUUUUUCCUCACUCUCUUGUCUCUUUCUUUUUUCCUCACUCUCUUGUCUCUUUCUUUUUUCCUCACUCUCUUGCCUCUUUCUUUUCCUCGCUCUCUUUUCUCUUUCUUUUUCCUCACCAUCUUCCUAUUCAUACCUAUCACUGUCUAUUUCUAUACGUAUUUCAAUCUCUAUCUAUAUCUCAACCUAUUCAUAUCUAUCUAUCUAUCUCUCUAUCUAUCUAUCUAUCUAUCUAUCUAUCUUAGGCUAUUUAUUAUCUAUCUAUCUAUCCAUCUAUCUAUAUUCAUAUCUAUCUAAUUUCUUCAUAUCUAUUUAUCUAUCUAUUUUGUUCAUAUCUAUCUAUCUAUCUAUCUAUCUAUCUAUCCAUCUAUCUAUCUAUCUAUCUAUCUAUCUCAGUAUGUUCAUUAUCUAUCUAUCUAUCUAUCUGUUUAUUACAGUCUGUUCUUAUCUAUCUAUUUAUUACAAUCUGUUUAUAUCUAUCUUUGUUUAUUCAUAUCUACCUGUCUACAUAUCUAUCUAUUAUAAUUUCUUCAUAUCUAUCUAUCUACCUAUCUCACUCUGUUCUUAUCUAUCUAUCUAUCUAUCUAUCUAUCUAUCUAUCUAUCUAUCUCAAUGUGUAUAUCUAUCUAUCUAUCUCGGUGAACCUAUCUAUCUAUCUCAGUCUAUUCGUAUCUAUCUAUCUAUCUAUCUAUCUAUCUAUCUAUCUAUCUAUCUAUCUAUCUAUCUCAGUCUAUUCAUAUCUAUCUAUCUAUUCUUGUCUAAUGGGAAGGACUUUCUUUCUCUUCUCUCUCCCUCUUUCUUCCAUAAAUCUAUCUCUUACGUUGUUCACUCUUCCUCACCAUCAUUCAUAUUCCAUACCUUUUCUUUCUUCUCUUUUUUUUCUCUAUCCUUUUUAUCUGUUGCUUCUUUCACGUCCAACUCCAUAAACUCUUAUUUUUUUCCUCCUUCCUCUUCAUCACUAUAUUUCUCAAUUAUCUCUCUACUUUUCUCUCUCUAUUUCUCUGUCCGUCACGUCCUUUUCCUCUCUCUCUCUCUCUCUCUCUCUCUCUCCCUCUCUCUCUUACUUUCUCUCUCUUCUCUUAAUCUAUCCACCUCUCUUUCCAUUUCUUUCUUUCUUUCCCUUUUUAAUCUCUUCAUUAUCUUUCAUACCUAUCACUAUUUAAUUUCAAUUUUCUUUCUUUCUUUCUUUCUUUCUUUCUUUCUCGGCCUCUUCAUUAUCUAUCAUCAUUUCACUACUUUCUUUCUCUAUCCGCCACUCCUGCUCAUAUCUAUCUAUCUAUCUAUCUAUCUAUCUAUCUAUCUAUCUAUCUAUCUAUCUAUCUACUUUAAUCAUUCAUACCUAUCACUAUUUAAUUUCAAUUAUCUUUCUUUCUAUCUUUCUUUCUUUUUUUCUUUCUUUCUUUCUCGGCCUCUUCAUUAUCUAUCAUCAUUUCACUACUUUCUUUCUCUAUCCGCCACUCCUGCUCAUAUCUAUCUAUCUAUCUAUCUAUCUAUCUAUCUAUCUAUCUAUCUAUCUAUCUAUCUAUCCCGCUAA